AAACUAGUCUACUUCGAAACCUGUUGAAAAUUAGAAAAGAGAGAGUUGCUAAACUUAUAUUUAAAAAAAGCUUGUUAUUUGACCUUUCAUGAGCGGCUACAAUAGUGAGGUGGGUGAAAAAUACGUCAUUGAAGCAAGCACUUGAAUUUUGUGUGUGAAUUUUCGUUGGUUUGUUUUGGUCGUCUUUCGGUUCCGCUAAUUUUAAGGUAAAUAAGAUAAGACUGAGAGAGAUUUUAAUUUGUAUGCUACAAUAUGUCUAGUUAUAAAGUCAUAAUAACUGGAGCAUCUGGGCUUCUUGGUCGUGCAUUAAUGAAAGAGUUUUUGACGCACACUUGGGUGGUCCUAGGUUUUGCACUUUCAAGAGCCAAGGAUAUACACCUACAGGUUGAUUUAACUGAUGAAGUAGAGGUCGAGAAGAUAAUCCAACAAUUCAAACCAGAUGUCAUAGUACAUAGCGCUGCUCAAAGAUCUCCCGAUAGGGUAGAAAAAGAAUAUGAUGAUGCUAGAAAACUGAAUGUGGAUUGCUCAAAAAAAUUGGCAGAAUUUGCAAGAGCCCAUGAUGCUGCUUUCAUAUAUAUUAGUACAGAUUAUGUGUUUGAUGGCAAAGAUCCACCUUACUCGGAGAAUGCUGAUCCUAACCCACUGAAUUUAUAUGGAAAAACUAAACUAGAAGGAGAAAGAGAAGUUAUGAAAAUUAACCCAGAUAGCUGUGUAUUGCGCAUUCCUGUUAUAUAUGGAGAUGAGGAAUAUGUUGGCGAAAGUGCUGUAUCUAGCUUAAUCCCACUUUUACAGAAAAAAGAACCAGGCACAAAAAUAUCCAACUAUGAAAUUCGAUAUCCAUGUCAUGUGCGAGACAUUGCUUAUGUUUGUUAUAAAUUGGCUGUUGUGAAAUUAAGAGAUCCUACUCUCAAUUCUAUUUUCCACUGGUGUGGAAAGCAACCUUUGACCAAAUAUGCAAUGGCAAAAACUAUUGCUGAGAUGCAUAACCUUCCUUUUUCUCAUAUACUUCCUGAUGAUAAUCCAAGUCCUGGGGCACAAAGACCCAAGGACACACAAUUGAGUUGCAAGCGAUUGGAAUCUUUAGGAAUAAAUCGAUACACAGAAUUCUAUAUAGGACUAAUGGAUAUUGGUAUUCCAUCUUAUGCUUCAUGGAUUUCUGUCUUGUUCCCAUGAACAUUAGUCUUUUGUUUUCAUUACAUCACAAUUGUAAUCAUAUGUUUUUUAUAAAAUAAACCUUCCAUUUAUGUGAGCUUGAAAA